AUGGCACUUAGAAUCUACGAGAGGUGUAAUGGCCACAUACCGUCAUCGUUUCCAAGUGGCAAUGGCCUACCAUUGUUGUUACUCGCCAACUCAUUCCUUUCAUACUGCCUUGAGACCAUGAAGGGACAGCCCGACUUUGACAAGGACUAUGGCCUCUUCACCAAACUGACAUCCAAUCAAGACAAUUGUCCAUGGUCUCAAGAGUGCACCGAGUACCAUGGUUUGGUGAUUAGGUUCAAUAGCCUACUCAAUUUAAAGUAUCCAAGUUCUUAUGCCAACCUGAGAAAGUCUGACCUGGAUAAACUAUUCUCGACACUGGCACUGGAGGCUGAGAAGGCAUCAUCUACCAAACAAGGCACCGGUAUGAUCAGGGUUGCCAAACGCCUCAGAGUGUUCUUCACCACACACCCUGUUGGCAAACACAUGAUUUCCCUAGCCUACAAAAUCACUCCCUUGGCCAUGCUGGCCUCCGUCGUGAUGUCGAUUGGACUAUGCUACUGUCAAUCACUAUCCAAUGUCAGACCAAUCAUUGAAUCACUGCACAAAGAGUUCGAGAGGAUACCAAUGAGGAGUGAUUCUGGACCAUUCAUGGAUGUGUACAUGAAGGUGAUCAACGAUCUGUUUGGAAAUGGUCGCGUCCAGGUCGAGGAAAACGUUGUACUCACUCAUGCAUUGAAGAUCAACAUCUUCAGCACGAUCGUCGCCAUAUGCUCCAAGACACCAUUGGUCAUUGUUGGGCUACCAGGCAGUUCCAAGUCACUCAGCUUCAAGACAGUCAACAUCAACCUCAACAACAACAAAGACUCACCAAUCUGGGGGUCCAUGCCAGUGAGCUUAGUAGGUCUUCCAAUCACACAACUUACGACCAGCAUCGAUGUACUGAGAAUGUAUGUAAGGUGUGAGGAGGAGCACAAGAAGAACCCGACCAACCAAGCCAACGUUGCCCGGAUACAAGUUGCCCUCUUGGAUGUGGUGGGCGACAGUGACGCCCUGGGCUCUGUCUUUGAGCACCACGCAAUGUACCGGUCAAUCACUCCCAUCAUCCAUUCCAACCACAUCAUGGAGUCACUUCAGCAGCCCAUCAACCCAUUGUGGACUGUCGUUCAUCCAGACACCCCAAGCCCAGAGGAUGGAACAAUGCUCACUCGUACUACCUUGGCCGGCCACCACAACGUUGAAAAGGUCAGCAAGAGGCUCUGGUCAUGCAUCUCGACACACAUCAAUGGAAAUGAUAGUCCAUACCGUAUGAUGGACUUCAAUCGAAUGUUGGGAUACAUGAGGCUGGAACAAGCAAACAAUGAUUAUCCUCUUAUCCCUGAGGUGUUGGUCAAUGCCAUGGAGAGGAGCUUUGGAGGCGUCCUGCCUGAACAAUUCAGGAGUGUUGCCAGUCAGUGUGUCGGCUACUUUGUCGCCAACGAGCAGUUGGCCAACAGUGUCACGAUAGAGGACAAUACACUCAAACGAAUCGGCCAAACAUUGAGAGCAGAGCUUGGCUUUGUUUCGAUUGUGAUGGUCAGUGGCAUGCCUCAGGAGACCGCACUGGAUAUACUUCGAUAUAUUGAUGCCCAUCACUUGACCAUCAAUGUUGACAAGUCAAUGACCUUGUCAAGUCUGGCCGCACAGAUCAAACAAUUGUGGGUCAAGCCCGACCGCCGUGUCGUCCUGUACAACACCGAUCGACUUAAUGGAUCAGUCCAUGAGCUGGUCAAGGCAUACCUUGGCUAUCCCAACGCUGAUGGCGAGAUGAAUGGCAACCUCAGAUUGACCAUCCUCUUGCCUGUGACCGAGGCCAAGUCAAACAUUUGGUUGGCCAACUAUGAGAGGUACCUCCUAACAACAGCCAGUCUACUAAAUUGGAUGGAGCUUCCACAAAAUGGUGCGAAAGAUACCCAUGUGACUCUUGUCAGACUGAUCACGCCACUGCUCAACACUCAAUGCACAGCACCUCUCCAGGCCAACAUGCAGUGCAAUCCUGUAUUGCACACAAGCAGCUCACUUCCCAUGUAUGAUUGGAUCAUAACAGUCAUCACUCAAUCAAUAUCGACAUGUUUGGUGCCGCCAACCAAAGAUCAAGAUUGGUUGGCAGCCGACAAUCCUUUGGCAGACAUGGUCCGUUACAUCAAGGGCAACAACGAACUAUUGGAAUCCUUCAUCACAGACUUCAUCAAAAGAACAUUGUCCUUCAAGGAUGACAAUCUCGUCGCGUUGGCCUUAGACGUAAUCGAGAUACUCACCUCAAAGAAGAUGAAGGACCUGGACAUUGUUACCUUGGUCGCACUCGAGGUCACUCAUCGCGACACAUUCUACUUCAUCAAAAGUACGAUGUGUCCUCUCGCCAAAUUGGUGCCAGCGCCCAAGGUCGACCCGGUACCAGCAGAUGGGGUAGCUGUGGCUGCAACAGCCGCGACCACAAAACUUAUAGCAUACAAUGGAGCAGACACUAUCAAGCUCAUGACUAUAAGAUAUGCGCUCACUGUCUUGCUUGGAAAACUUCAAGUGAUAAUGGAUGAUACAUCUAAAGACAUUUUAGAAGUGAAGGCCCCUUUGCAGACAGCGAUCCAGGGUAUCCUCGAUCAAGUUCCCAUCACGCAGAUCAUUCACAUCAUUCAUUCAGCCAAAGAUAAUGAUGUAAUGACGCUCAACUUCCUCCAAUUGUACACAAUGCAUAUAUUACUACAUUUGUCGAAUGAAGGAGGCACCAUUGACCACUCUUGGGCCAUGAUCUAUAUCAUGGUGAUGCAGCUGGAAGCCAAGCCCCUCAAUGAGAUGAUCCGUAACCUUGCAAUAUGCUACAGCACGAUCCUUUUGGAGUAUUCGACAAGAAUCAACAUCGAUCCAUCAGUAUUCAUGGACAUCAUCGACCCAUUCGUCCCAAUCUCACACACUAUCCUUCUGGACCUCAUUGUUCCUGGAUUGUUCACAGGCUACAAUGGCAUUGCAUUCAUUCGGGAUAUACCUCACCACCGGUUCGUCGAUGUCAUUGAACGAUACAAUCUGUUGGCCAUUGAAUCGUUCGUUGGCGAUGUAGAGGUACUCCUUGGCAAGGGUCGCAUGACCAACCAGAUGGUCCCCAACCCCUCGAUAUUCCAACAAAUCGAGGAGCUGUGCAAGAAAGAGGAGAACAAGAAAUGGGUCGGACAUCUCGGGUUUGCCAGCUUCAGAGCGCUGGAAAGCCAUAGGAAUCCAACGCUGGUAGCCGUGUUGCUCCAGGUCUAUGAGAAUAUGUCCAAAGUCUUGGGUGAGGUGGAGGUGCGUGCAUAUUCAAAUGGCCACGAUCAUUUGACGAGGAUCAAGCAUGCGGCAAGUGCCACACUGUUGGUCGAGCACCUGGCCACCUACAUCAACUCGUGCAAGGAUCUCCUCAAGGUCACCGACUGUCUGCUAGAGUACUGUGACAUCACUACACAACUUCGAGACAACGUAUUCAGAGACUACAUUCGCAAGGAUGAUGUCAAGGUCAAGUCGGGCAGGUUCAACAGCAUCUACCUGUUGACACUGAUCAAUGAUGACCUGUUGGCGGGAAUGCUACAGUGCCACUUGUUGGAGCAGCUUGGCAUGGAGUACCUGAUCACCUCCGGUGGUCCUUCGCCACUGAUCGACAUUGUCAAAGCCAUCAAGAAGAGUCUACAUCAGAGAGCCCAACUGCCAAUCGUUCCACAAGAGGAGAAAUCAGUUGGAGAUUGUAUAAUGUACAUCGAGCAACUUGGAGACAUCAAGCUAGACAGGCAGUUCUCAUUAAGUUUGCUCAAGGACAAGUGGAGCAUGUGCAAGAAGUCAUUCAAUAAGUUGAUGUCUGAUUCAACAAAGACUCCUUUCGUGAAGGCAGUCAUUGGACAUCAUCAUGUACAGCAUCUCAAUGACAACACAAUCAUAUCCAAGCUCCUAUUUACAUGUAUUCCAAACAAAGAUGUUAAAGGAAAUGACACGACAUCAACAUCAUUAUCAAAUGGAUUACUCAUCGAUUUGAUCAAUGCAAGCAAUGAUCCUAUGGUUUUAUCCACCAUCACUCCAUUCAUAUUUGGACCUUCUGGCGUCAACAACAACAAGAACGACAAGGACAACAACAAUGACAACCAUAACAACACCUCCACAACCACCAACAAUGAUGAUAACAACAACAAUAAUAACAACAACAAUAACAACAACUCGACCAACUCUACCAACUCAAUCAAGUCCACUAACUCGGUCAAGUCCACCAGCUCAAUCAAGUCCACCAACUCUUUCAAGUCGCCUGACUCCACGUCCACAAACAACAACAACAACGACUCCACAAACUCCUCCAACAAAAUUGAUUUCAAAGGAGAAGAACCAAAGGCUUACUUUUUGAGUAGUGUAAUGCCACUUUGCGUGAAACCGAUUGAAAGCAAUGACCUAGACAAGUUCAUUGACAAUCUAGAGAUAUCAUCCACUUCAUGCAAUAUAAUCAAGGACAUUCUGGGCCAGAUGAACAUUGAUACAGUGUCCAUCCUACUAUUUUCAAUCAAACAAGGACCUAUACUCAACACAUUGGUAAAGGAGUUGAAGCGACAGGUACCCGUCGAAGCCUCAUGGAACCGAUUCCUCAGAAUAUUGGAGCUGAUCAGUGGUGACAAAUAUCCACUUCCAUCAUUCUUAAUCAAAAUCAUCAAGCACAAGACAAUGAUGAUGGACAAUGAUCAUGAUCUAUCUCAUUGGCUUGAAGGAACUGGUCUGCAUCCAGUUCGUCUGCACGCCAUCCGCAGCUCACUAGGAGCUCAAUGUACAUUAAGUGAUUUCGCCAAUCAUAUCAUCAACAAAACAUGUGAUACCAAUAUCAUACCAGAGACAUGUCGUCUCUACCUUUUGGACAUGCUUCCAUAA